AUGUUUAUUCCUCUCUUUUUUAAGGUAGUAAUGUUUUCUGAAAAAGAUAAAAUGAGCAAUCAACAAGAAGGUUUAUUAAAAGAAGGAGGAAUGGAUACAGUUAAAUUAGCUUUGUGCAACAAACAUAAGGGAGAUUUUGAAUUAAUAUGUCCAAGUUGUGAUGAACUUUUGUGUAAACAAUGUGCUUUUGAACAUGUUGAACAUAAUGUUUCUCCACUUAAUGAUUUGGUUUUUAAGUGGUAUAAACAAAGUAUUCAUGAUUUGGCUAAACAGGCUGAGAAUAAGGGCAGAACGACUUUAGACGCUCGCUCAGCAAUUCCGGAUCGUAAAUUUUUACUUCAGCAAUCGUAUCACAAAUGCCGUGACAAAAUUGAGGAUGCCUUUCAAUUCUAUGCGCGUGUGAUUGAUGAAGUUAAAUUGGAUUUGUUGGCUUCUUUGGACAAAAAUCGAGAUGAGAAGGAAGAACAUCUGGACUCGUUAUAUCAAAAGAUUGAUAUGCAGACAUCUCGAUUGCAGGAUGCUUUGAGUUAUACCAAUAAUCUCCUUGAUAAGGGUACAAUUGUCGAUUUAUGCUUAAAUCGUAAAAAGAUUUGGCAACAACUUAAAUUGUUAAUGCAUUCAAUGCCUGAUGUUAAUGAAGAAGUUGAUUUGGAUUUUGAUAUUCUUUCACAACAUGAAUUUAAAAAGAAGUUUGAAUCUGUCAUUGGUGGAAUUAAAUGCCGUAUUACUGGUCCACCAAAAGAACCAGCAGUAAUAAUGAAUGCUCUUUUGGGUAAUAGUCCAUCAAAUAAAUUGGAUACUUUUGACGAUUUUGACAAUAAACUUAAACAACAGCAACAAUUAAUUCUUUCUUCAGCAAUUAAUAAUUGUCAAAGUUUAGCAAAUAAUUCUUCAAUUGAUUGGACAGAUUCUUCAAAUCUUUUUGCUCAACAUUCAAAUACUUCAUCAAUAAUUCCAGCAACAAUUCCACCAACAACAAAUUCAGGUCCUGGAACUAUUGGGAUGGAAAGACGUCAAAAUCGAAAUUCUAAUGGAAACAGUUAUUUAAGUGGAGAUUCUGGUAUUUAUUCUUCUGCAUCUGAUAUGACUAUUUCAUCACCUAUUCAACAACAUCAAUUGGGUGGUACUCCGGAAACUUUUA